GAACACUCCUUUCGCCCUGGACUGCGUCGCGGGCGAGUUCGUGCAGCACUCCUGCGCCCGGGCGAACACGCUGGAGGUGCCAGAGCCGCCGGUGCCCGCGGUGGUCACCUCGGGGUGCGCCAAAGUGGGGUACCGCUGGGAUCCCAACUUCAUGGCCAGGACCGUGGAGGCGAGCGCCGAGGCAUGCCAGGCCAGAUGCGAGAAGAUCUCGGACUGCUCCUUCUGGUCCUUCUGGCCGGACAAGGGGUGCCAGCUGCAGCCGAAGACGGCCAAGCUGAGGCUAGCCGAGAUCUACCGCGUGAUCUCUGGGCCGUCGUGGUGCCAGACCACUGGAGGAGGCAACGACACCGGCUCGCCCGAGCACGGCUGGCUGACCGAGGAGGGCCAGCAGGCCUUGGCUGCGGGCACAGUCAACGGCUCGAAGGGGAAGACCUGGGGCAAGAACGUGCUCGAGAAGGCUCUGCUCCUCGAGAUUACCCGGGGCAUCUCAACCGCCCUCGCCGUGCGGUCUUCGGCGGUCCCCUGUCCAGACUGCACCUGCAAUUGCGCGCCUGCGCUUGCCUGCUCAGAGGGCGCGCUCCCGCGGGAGUUCGGGCAGGAGACGGGCUGGGAGUGGCCCGGGCCCUGGGCCUGCUUCUCCUUGAUCGGCCUCGGCGCGGUUGCCGGGGCCUCGGCGGUGCUGCUGGCACAGCGCUGGCUGGCGCCUGCCCCCGCAGCGGCGCCGGCACGGGCAGCGGGCCCGGCCGAGCUCGCGGACCCCUCGUCCGCCCGAGCGGACUUGCUGCAGGAGGCGCGCGCGCAGCCUGA